AUGGGAAGCUCUCAAGGUAGUUUUAGCAGGUGCUUUCUUCGAAGCGUCAAGGAGGGGAUCAAAGUAUCGGAAUUGAUAAUGGAUAGUCUUACCCUCAAAGCUCGUAUAGGCGAUAACGACGAGGGAUUCGAUUGGUUACAUCAUUAUCUCUCAACACAUGUUCCACUCUCAACCUCCCACUCUUUAGUUGACAAGAUCGACCCCUACUCUCUCAGGACGAUACUGUAG